GGUGGCUGUGACAGGGGCACCCCCGGGGCAGGACCCAUGAGGAGUCAUAGAAGAUGCUCACAGCCUGGGCGCUUCUGCUCUUCUUAGCCAUGUGGGUGAGAAGCACCUCCGGUGGCCCGCUCUCCUUCAGAAUAGCUGCCAUCCUUGAUGACCCUAUGGAGUGCAGCAGGGGAGAGCGUUUAGCCAUCACGCUGGCCAAAGACAGCAUCAACAGGAACUCAAACCGCUCCAUCACUGGCAAGUUGGAGGUGGACAUCUUUGAACUGCUGAGAGACAGUGAAUAUGAGAUGGGGGAAACAAUGUGCCAGAUCAUGUCCAAAGGGGUGGUGGCAGUGCUCGGCCCCUCCGCCAGUCCGGCCUCCAACUCCAUCAUCAGCAAUAUCUGCGGAGAGAAGGAGGUGCCCUACGUCAAGGUGGCUCCAGAGGAUAUCCUGAAGGUCCAGUUCCCCCGGUUCACCACUCUGGACAUGAGGCCAACCAACACUGACAUCAGCCUGGCAGUGGCUGGUCUUCUCACCUUCUUUAACAGCACCACCGCCUGCCUCAUCUGUGCUCAGGCUGACUGCUUAUUGAACCUGGAGCAGCUCCUCAGGCGAUUCCUCAUCUCCAAGGAGACUCUGUCAGUGCGUAUGCUUGACGACAGCCAGGACCCGACCCCGCUCCUGAAGGAGAUACGAGAUGACAAGACCGCUACCAUCAUAGUCGAUGCCAACGCCACCAUGUCACAUAUCAUUUUGGAACGGGCAUCAGAGCUGGGAAUGCUGUCUGUCUACUACACUUACAUCUUCACCUCCCUGGAGUUCUCUUUACUACGGCUGGAUGAUGUGGUGGAUCAACGAGUCAACAUAGUCGGUUUUUCAGUCUUCAACAAAACUCAUCCCUUCUUCCAGGAUUUUGUGCUAAGCCUCAACCGCUCCUGGCAGGAGAACUGUGACCAUGCACCCUUCGCUGGCACCCCACUCUCCUCAGCGCUGCUCUUUGAUGCGGUAUACGCGGUGGUGGCAGCAGUCCAGGAGUUGAACCGUAGCCAGAACGUUGGCGCCACUCCGCUCGACUGCAGGACCUCCAAGAUUUGGGAGCAUGGUACCAGCCUCAUGAAUUACCUGAGGAUGGUAGAGUUGGACGGUCUAACGGGCCAUAUUGAAUUCAACAGCAAAGGCCAGCGGUCCAACUACUCCCUGAGGAUCAUGCAGAACAGCAAGGAUGGCCUAAGGCAGAUCGGCCUGUGGCACUCUGAAGAUGGACUGUCCAUGGAGAAAAAGCUUCCAUCAAUCAAUGUGACAGACACCCUCUUCAACACUACUCUCACCGUUACGACAAUAUUGGAAAAUCCAUACGUAAUGCUGCGGCACAACCACCAAGAACUGGAUGGAAAUGACCGCUACGAAGGCUUCUGUGUGGACAUGCUGAAGGAGCUGGCAGAUAUCCUGAAGUUCAAGUAUCGCAUCCGGCUGGUCGGUGACAGACUGUACGGGGUUCCCGGGGCUAAUGGAACGUGGACUGGCAUGGUCGGGGAGCUCAUCUCAAGGAAAGCUGACCUGGCAGUGGCAGGCCUCACCAUCACAGCAGAGCGUGAAAAGGUCAUUGACUUUUCCAAGCCUUUCAUGACCCUUGGCAUCAGCAUCAUGUAUCGCGUCCACCUGGGACGUAGGCCGGGCUACUUCUCCUUCCUGGAUCCCUUCUCCCCUGGAGUCUGGCUCUUCAUGCUCCUGGCCUACUUGGCUGUCAGCUGUGUCCUCUUUCUGGUGGCAAGAUUGACGCCGUAUGAGUGGUAUAACCCCCACCCCUGCCUGAAAGGUCGCUGUAACCUGCUGAUCAAUCAGUAUUCCCUUGGCAACAGUUUCUGGUUCCCAGUUGGCGGCUUCAUGCAGCAAGGCUCCACCAUUGCUCCCAGAGCUCUGUCUACACGAUGUGUCAGCGGAGUGUGGUGGGCCUUCACAUUAAUCAUAAUCUCAUCCUACACCGCCAACCUCGCUGCCUUCCUAACAGUCCAGAGGAUGGAGGUGCCGAUAGAGUCGGUCGACGACCUGGCAGAUCAGACGGCCAUAGAGUACGGCACCAUGCAUGGAGGAUCCACUAUGACCUUCUUCCAGAACUCUCGCUACCAGACCUACCAGCGCAUGUGGAACUUCAUGCACUCGAAGCAGCCCAGUGUGUUUGUGAAGAGCACGGAGGAGGGGAUAGCCCGCGUCCUCAAAUCCAACUAUGCCUACCUGCUGGAGAGCACCAUGAACGAGUACUACCGCCAGAGGAACUGCAACCUGACUCAGAUUGGAGGACUGCUGGACACUAAGGGCUACGGCAUCGGCAUGCCGCAUGGGUCAGUGUACCGUGAUGAGUUUGACCUGGCCAUUCUCAAACUGCAGGAGGACAAUCGUUUGGAGAUCCUCAAGAGGAAGUGGUGGGAUGGUGGCAAGUGUCCAAAGGAGGAGGACCACCGUGCCAAAGGUCUGGGAAUGGAGAACAUCGGCGGCAUCUUCGUGGUGCUGGUGUGUGGCCUGCUGGUGGCCAUCUUCAUGGCAGUGCUGGAGUUUGUCUGGAUGUUAAGGCAGACGCCAGGAAAUGAGCAGACAGUAUGUGAGGAGAUGGUGCGGGAGCUCCAGGGCAUCGUCCUGUGUCGCGACAGCCUUCAGGUGAGGCGCAGGCGAGCGACUUCAAUGCUGAGGCCGCGGCCCUUACCCCUGGAGGAGCGCCGGGCGCGAGCCGCUGCCGUGAGCCUCAGCAAUGGCAAGCUGUGUGGGGGCACCGGACUGCCUGAACCCCUCUCCCACAGACUGGCACAGGAGGCUGCCCUGGUUGCGAGGGGGUGCAGCCACAUACGCAUUUGCCCCGAGUGCCGACGCUUCCAGGGACUGAGGAUGCGUCCUGCAGGGGCCACAGGGGCCCUCCCAUCUCCCACACACAGUGAGGAGAGCAUAGAGUGGGACAAGACCACAAAUAGCAGUGAACCUGAAUAACACCCAGUGAUUCCAACAGGACGGACUCUCCAGGCAGACACCUCUCUACUUUCCAGGGAUCAAAGAUCAAGUAGUAUUUUCAUACAGCCAUUUGGAGCUCGUCGUUAAAGGGCAGGACGAUUCCCUGGACCUUUUUUUGCCCUAGAGGCAACCGCCAGCAGUCAGCUUUUGGAAUCUCCUUGGUCGUAGGAAAAACUGAUGAGUCUGUCUCAUUGUGGUCUGUCCCUGUCGGCCCUCUGAACCGUAUGACACAGGACGGGCAAAAACAGCCACAGGGCUUUUGUACUAUGCAGUAUUUUCAGUCAUUUAUCAUUGUGCUGUUUCUUUUUUUUCAUUUUUAAAUUAUUUCUGUCCUCUGUUGGAUUAUCAGUAUUGAAUAUUGUUAUUCUAUUGUUCUUUGGAAAAAAAAAAAACUUCAAAACAAGUUCCCUUUUUAUAUCAGACAAUUUGCUGUAUGAACGUAUAUUGCCUCGGAAGAGCUGCGGAGACAAACAGACUAAUGCAAGGUCAUCCUUCAAAUCCUUUUAUUUUGAAAGUGCCAAAAACAAGAAGUAUUAUCUUGUGGCUGAAGAAAAGCACCACAGCCUUGAGAAGAAGACAAACUCAACUGAACCGAAAGCGAACAGAGUCACAAAGAUCCACAGACUUCUUUCAUAAUAGUGAUAUUCUAUUGCAAAAGUUUGAAUUGUUGGUAUCUCUGAAAGACAGCGAUGCAUGCCCAGGGGUGUUGGCAGGUGCUCAGUGAAUGAUUAAGGUGGCUGAGGAGCUGAAAGAAUGAAAACCUGCUGAAAUGACGGCUACUCACAUUCAUCUCCUUCUUUCUCUGUCCUGACAUCACCUUCUCCUCCAUCUGUCCUGCAUCUUCAACACAUUUACUGUCUCGCCACCUGCCCUCUUUAUGAUCUCUCAUUAGAAAAUAUAAACACACUCUUCUGCGCCAUAUACACACUCUGUUAGAGAUUAGAGGCAGUUCUCUCCAUCUCACACAUUCAACAAUGGUUCAGGUUUCAUGAGGACAGGUCUGCGUAUAAAUGAAACCGAGCAAACAUCCCAAACCAACCAAAAAACAUAAAGUCCCCGGUAAAAGAACAAGUUUGUUUUUCAUAUCAGCAGUUGACUUAAGUUCUUAAAUGUCAAGCCCGUUAAACUUUUAUAGAAUGUGAUGUUUUACACACUGCUUCCAGGAGUAUUUCAGUUCAGAUCAGAUGCUGUCUGGCAUUUUCAUAGUUUUAUUCUUGCAAAAACCAAACAUAGAUUUUUUUUAAUUGGGUCUUUAGAGAGUGUGAGAGAGGUUUUUUUAAAUUAAGACUGAUAAAGAGAGAGUCUGAAUAAUCAAUUAAUCUGUUUAUCAGUUCAUAAAUGGUGAUUACGGUAUUUGAAGUUGAACUGAAACUAUUUAAUGAUUCUAGAUCGAAAUCCCUGUUUGAAAUGUAUUAACUCCAUUUGGUUGUAUGUAAUUAUUGAAGGAAUAAUUGUCUUUAUUUCCUUUUAUUUCCCCCCUAAAUGUGAAAAAUGAGAACAAGCUGCCAGCGACUGUUUCCUUGCGAUGCCGUUACUUUCUGCUUUGACUGUGACAUGUUCCUUGAUAUUUUCCCACUGAACUGACGAUGGUUUGAAGGUGUUACUCUAUGAUCGUCUGACUGUUGCACAGUUGGAAUCAGCGGCCGUGCACCUGUCACCGCUGCUUCUUGCUAUCUCUGAUGUGUCCAUCAUUUUAAAUCUGCCCAUCAGGUUCUGUCAAUCAACGUCCCUCAGAAAUAGGCCACCAGCUCCACAUGGCUCGAAGGAAACGCUGCAGUGUCUCUCAACGUUCGCUUCCUAUCUCCGUCACGCAGGUUGUCACGGUUAGAAAUUCUGUCCAUAUGCUUUUUUAAAGCAGCAUCCUGGGGAAGGAGGGGUUGUUUAGAGGAGGUGACAACCCCCGCCGAUCCAUCACCAUGUUUAAAUGUGUUUAUAGAAAUAACAUUUUGAAUCAAUUCUGUAUCAUUAAUCAGUCAUUUAUAGAUUUACAUGUAUGUAUACAUAUAUGUUUUAUACAAUUUCAUAAGCACAGCGAUGUCAUUUCACCCAAACUGCUUCUUUUUCUGUUUUUGCAUUAAUAGACAGGAGUGUUGUUUCAGAAGCUGGCGAUCACGUGAUACUGUGGUAGCUCAACCACUGACGGACCUGAACUGCAAUACUGCGACUUGCACAAUUGUACUGACACAACUGAUCCUUCUGAACUGGGUGAAACAGUGGCACAGUGGGUAUCAUUGUCGCCUCAUGACCAAUAGCAGCUGGGAUGUGCUCCAGUCCCCCUGCAGCCCUCAAAGAAGAGGUGUUACAGAUAAUGAACGGACGGCUCUGAAAAAAUUGUGGAAUUUCUAUUUGAGGGGGUCUUUUGCCCCCAUUUUCAAGUUGCUAAAAAGAGUUUCAGGACUUCAAAUUACUUUUCAACUCAGGUCUGAACUCCCACAAGGACACGCCGGCGUUUGAAACUUUUGAUUCACCAUAGAAACGAAAGGGACUAGCAUAGGCUUUACAUUAUCAUCUGCUGAAGAGCUAAACACACCAGUGCAUCUAAUCCUCCAGUAAUGAGCUGCAGAAGGUUUGUUUACUCCGUGUGAUCAACAGGGUUCCCCAGUAAUGGUCCAAAGUGUUUUUUUUUUAUUAUGUUAACAGAGAGAUACAGAUCUACAUGCCUAUAAUAUUCGUAUGGACAUUAUUACUUAUCAGUUAAUGUAAACUUUCUAUAUAUCAUUUUUAUAAUAACUUGCUGAAGAAAAAUUGCCAAGCAAAUCGGCCAAGAAAAAAAGAGCCACAUUUCAUUACCAGUUUUAUAGACGAUGUUUCUAUCAAUUUCCUGAACGUCCGUGAGAAACUCAUGCGAGCAACAAGGCUCCCCUGCACCUGAUGCUAACUCCUUAAACACUGAAAACAUUUACAGCGCUGCUAAAUCAAGCGUGGUCACAAUGAGAUUGCCAAUUACCUUGAAGGCAUGAAGAGCAGUAGAGUAAGAAUUAAAACAAAUCCCUCGGAAACACUGGGCGACCUUCGCUGGGAGAGGUGGCGGCGCUCGGCUGCCAUAUUUCAUCUGCUUUAUUUUCUUAUGUUGACAUUUUUAUUCCAUUAUAAAUGCAUUUCUUAAAACAACCUCUACUCUGUGGGGCUCUGGGUUUGUCUCGUCCUCACCCUUGACGUAUUUGGCCUUCUGAGCCGUUCAGAUCUGUCAUGCUAAAUAGCUCCUGAGUGCACUUUGUUUUUUCCCCCCAAGUUUUAUUAUUCAACAGGGAGGAAUAUUCAGACGGUACACCUGUUUUGUUGUGACAUGCAGAGAAGCAGUACGAGGACGUAUCGGUUCAUAGCCGAGUAAACAUGACAAUAGUUGGGUGAACCCGGGGGGGGGGGAAAUGAUGCGUACAGUACAUCUCUCGUUUCUCUCCCAGAACCCGAAUCAGCGUCUGCACACGUGUGAAUCCGUUAAACAGCUGAGAAUUUGUGUGGGCGGGAAGUCUUAACGGAGGCUAAUGAGUUUCACAACUCACUCGUGCUGUUUUCGCAUCCUCUCACCCGUGGUCCAUCUAUCACUGUGAUUUUUAGACCUUAUUUCUCUCUCCUCAGGAUAAUGAGUGAACGCCACAAAACACGCCCUGAAUAUGAUCAAUAGUUUCAUUCAGACUGCCUCUCUCUCUCUCUCACUCGCUCUCGCUCGCUCUCUCUCUGAGUGCCUGUCUCACAAUCUCUCCCCUGCAGCAUAAGAGAUUAUGUUUUUAGUACGUCACCAACCAGUCACUGCUUAUCCACACCACACACACACAUAUAUAUAAACACUCACCACCACCUGUAUGCCGACUGCUGUGUCAAGUUUAUUCCAUCGUGCGCAUGCUUCUCCUUCUGCCUCUGGUGCUCCAGGUCCAUAAAUUAAGUGCACCUCUACCCACCACUGCUGCUGUUGGAUUUAUGGAGCCCAUGAUGAGCAUUGAGUGCCUGCAGAGGUGUGUGAACAUCUACUUCACUCCUCGAGCUUACCCAGUUGUAGCACCAUAGCAAUACCAAUCUCCCCGUAGUCGAUUGUUCUUUUGUGAGGAUUUAGGAAUUACAGUGUACUGAGACACAGUACAGCUCAGAUCCCAUAUACUUGAAGAGUAACUUUUCUCAGUCCAUUUCACAUAAAUACAUGUUUUUUUUCUUUCUUUGGCAUUACACCCACAUAAAAUUCAUAUAUUUUUUAUUUUAGAGUUUCACAAGUUUUAUGUCCAGUUCCAGGAAAUCGAAUGACACAUGGCACCUGCGAUGUUGAGACAUGUUUAGAAUACUGUGAUUCUAUAACUGCAUUCACUAUUAUUGUUGAAUCUAUUCAUCCCAUUCCUACUGCCAAAACCCUUUGACAUAAAAUUGCUUUCUUGCCGACAGUGGAUUUUCUUUCCCAAGGUUAACAGUGAGCAUGUACACAAUCGCCCCAUUACAGCCACUAAUGAGCACUGGAUCAAGGAUAGCGA